AUGCUCAAAUCCAUCGCGAUCAUCGCCGUCGUUCUGCUGAGCGCCGCCAACGCCAAAGACGGCAUCGACUUCAUCCAGGCGGUCAGCGCCAGCACGUUCAACUGCCUUCGCACCAACGGAAUCUCGUUCGUCAUCCCGCGCGUCUUCACGAGUUUGGGCUCGAUUGACGGCACCGGCGUCAACAAUGUGAAGAAUGCGCACGCCGGCGGCAUCACCGACGUCGGCGCCUACUUGUUCCCAUGCCUCAGCAGCCGUUGCCCAUCGGCGGCCACACAAGUCAGGAACACGAUCAGUCGCCUUCGCGCCGAGAAGACCACCAUCAACUAUCUCUGGCUCGACAUCGAGCGUCUCGCGUGGCCGGCGAAUCACGCCUCAAAUCGCAAGUUCAUCGAGGAAAUGGUCAAUGAAGCCAAGGCUCUCAAUCAACCGGUGGGCAUCUACAGCAACUACUACAAUUGGGAGGAGAUCGUUGGUCUCGACUAUCACGGAUUGUCGUAUCUGCCGCUCUGGUGGGCCACCUACGACAACAAGCCCGGCUUCCAGGACUUCAAACCGUUCGGCGGAUGGACGAAGCCGUUGAUUCAUCAAUGGAAGGGCACCACCAACGGCAAAUGCGGAGUUAGCGUCGAUUUGAACUACAAAGCCUAA